AUGUCAAAGGACAACAAGUAUAGUCCUACCAAGUCUAACCACACAACGCCCAAGAGUCGAAAGAAUGAGCCAUGGAUAGUCGAGUUUUAUACUAAGGGGCCGUUUGUGUAUGAUAGGCCUGACGGCAACCAUGUGAGGAACUCUAGAGAGGAAUCGCUUCUCUCUAAGGAAAACAUCCGAAUUAUAGAGCAGCCGAUUCGUCGAACUAAUGCCUCACCAACGUCAGAAGAUUGGAAACGGUUGAGAAAGGAUUCUUCUGACCUUCACACUGUUCUCAAUAAUCCUGCGCCAGAAGAAGACUCUGAUGUGAUGAAAAUGGGUGCGGNUCUGACCUUCACACUGUUCUCAAUAAUCCUGCGCCAGAAGAAGACUCUGAUGUUCAUUUUACAUACCUUGAUUACCUGCUCAGAUCCUCAAAAUGCUGCAACUCCUGAAAACUAUGGCAGUCUCAAUGAUGUCUUUUACACUCCAAUGACGCAUCUACGUAUUUCACGACGCGAGGAAAGCAAUUUCUCGAACCCCUACAACUCAGGGACUGUACACCAGUUCUCACCUCCUGCUUCAAGACCACAAUUUUCCUUGAUCGCCGGCAAAGAGAGCAUAUCUGCUGUGCAUUCUCCAUUAGAUCGAAGUGUUUCUAUCAAAGAGAGAACCGAAGCGCAAUUGGCUGUGUUUGAUAGAAUUUCUAGUAAUCUAGACAUUGCUAUCAAACAAGCUAGAGAUGUCCUGAGUAAACCUAUUCGUUUGGGUCUGCCUCCGCUUGACUCUGUGGAAAUUCCACCAUUCAAUGAUAAUCGCCAAACAAUUGAUCCUGGUCAGCUUGAGAGACUUAAGCAAAUGAGAGAAGAGCUACCGUCGUUAUCACGUCAUUCGUUACCUGCGGGUAUUGACUUUUCCAAGUUUGGAAACACAACUACCGCAAUGUCAGACGUAACACUAGGUCUCAGUAGUGGACAGGCGCCCGGUGAAAGGGGUAAAGCUUUCGAAAACACCGUCGAAUCUCCGUCUUCGGAGAAUAAGCGAAUGAAGAAUACGGAGAUUUCGUUACCCAAGGCGCUUAGUGCAAGUAUGGCUGCUGAGCUGGCCUAUGCAGAACGAGUGGAGAAAACUCAGUUACAUUUAGACGCAUCUCGGUGUCUCGCCAAGGAAGUUGAAGAGAAAAUACGAACUGAUCAGCAAAACAAAAAUGCUGAUAUUGACGCGCUUUUGGACUCAUUCAUUCUUCAGGAUAGGUCACCAGUGGCCUAUGAAAACGAAACGGCUUGUUCUCAUGAGCAAACCAGUGCUGUCUCUGUAAAUGCAGUAACAAGGACGAUCCCCCAGCAGAUUCACUUCAGUUCGACUGACAACAAACACGUCGUUCUUAGUGAAGAAGAAAGGGAGGAUCGAAGGGUUCAUGUACAAUCAUACGUUCGCAUGCAUAAACAUCUCCAUAGUCUUCAACUUGUUAUUCUCCGCCUGAGAAAAAAAUUAGCUGGUUCUCAAGCCUCGGUGGCGGAAUUUGAUAAUUCGAUUGGUGCUGCGAACGCAGAGCAUGAAAAGGCUGUUGAGGAUGCUGAGUUGUUGCUAACUCAGAGAUUCACGCCGAGAGAAUUUCUCAUGAUAAUCAAACAUCGACAGCAAAAGGUUUGCGAUGCUACUGAGGAGUGUAGUAAUACCAUCAAACAGCUUCUGAAUUUGGAUGCUCCAGAUCGACAGAGAGAGAUUUCGUCCAGAAAAUCUGUUACUGUCGCAGCACAUAAGCGAAAUGCACCAAGUAAGGGCAGUGACUCGGUACGAAUAGAUACAAAAGCUCUGAAUGACAGUGUUAAUGAUGGUGGUGGAGAUUUGAGUGCGCGUGCCAUGCGACGUAACUUGGAGGCUCGAAGAGAGCAAGCUGAAAUGCUGAACAAGAGUUUCGAGGAGAGAUCGAAAGACAUCGAACAAAAGACGAAAAAGUCAAUAGCAGUUCAGCUUGUUAAGUAUGAUCGGGUCAUCGCUGAGCGCACAAAUCUGAUCAGUCAUCUUGAAAAGAUUUCUACCGAAGGUUACAAUGAAAUGUUGACUUCACCUCUAAAAACUCCAUCGCCUCGUCGUGAAGGCGUUGCUCCUUUGGAUUUCAGUCAGUUGUCCCAAGAGCACUUCAUCGAUGAGGUUGCAGUAUCGGAUCAAAGCAGUAAAAAUCAUUCUAGCGGAAUGCUGACUCAUUUUGACGAGGAGCAAGCAGAUGAGGGGAUAUCUCGGACUCUUUCGCAGUCAACGGUUUAUGAAGAUUCGCUGUCGCAUUUUGAUGACGAUGAGGAAAGGCCUGCCUCAUCGAGCUCUGAGGCUACUUUGUACAAAUCGGAUAUGGAGGACAAGAGUCCAGGAAUGUCUCCCGGUAAAAAGACAGGUGACCUUCAACAACCGUCUCGUCGUACAUUGGAUACAGCUGAAACACUAGCUAUGCUCUCUAGACACAUCGUGUCCAAGGUGGACACGACAUCCGAACAUGACGAUGUCAACCAGAAGAUUCAGAGCAUUAUAGAUGAGGCUGUUCUGGAUAGCGUUAAAUCGCAGAAAGUAGCUGAUGAUGGUCCAGGUUUAGAGACAGUUGUGGAAGCUGUACCUGAUGAGAAAAUGACCAAUGAUGGCCAUCAUGCUGGAGAGGCCAAUGUCACUACCGACUCAUCUGCUAGAGCCAAAGAAGAGGAUCACUCUAUAAAGGGUCAAAUAUCGUCGAAGGCUGAGCAGCCUGAGCUUGAUGAUGAAACUCAAGAGCGUAAGCCUAGUGGUGCUGAUGAAGCACGGUCUUUGCCUAGUACUCUCAUAGGCGCGUCAACAGAGGUCGCACUUUCAGACGCAUUCUGUCAACAGGAUCUUGUUUCUCAGCCGUCAGGUCAGAAGGAAGUUUCAGCUGUGGUUCGCCCUCCCAAGGAUUUUUCCCGAUUGCGAUUAUUUUUUGGUAGCCCAGAUGAACCGACUGAGGACGGUGCCGAUUAUCAGCCAACCGACGAUGAUGACAUACCAAAUUAUCAGUUCGUGACGAGGACCGAACCUCACAGUGACAUGUUGGCGGAGAACUCUGAAAACUCGGAUCAGUUUCCGGAAACAGCCUCUGUCAACGACGAUGGAGAGGUGCCCGUCGUAACCCUGAGGCGUUUUGUUUAUAAGGAGUCAGUGAUGACUCGAAAAUAUCAGGAAGAUCCAGAGCUCGAAAAAACCCAAUGGGAAAUGACUCCAUCCGGUUCUCCAGUUGGGAAUCCAAGUCGGGAAUCUUCGACGCAGAAGAUCGAUCUUAACGACGCUUUUAUCCUGGAUCUGUCCCAUACACAAGGUUCAGACAAAAUAGAAACGGAGCUGGAACGACUAGAAGAGAAAAGUGAGUGGCUCACAGAUGAUGAGCAGCCAUCACCAAAGGUGGGAUUGGAUGAGGAAAUUGAGCAGAGUACGCUAGAAGAGGAUCUUAUUGGGCGCAGAGAAGAAACUAAACAAAACCGGGAUCAAACUGUUGCGAGCGGUGAUCAAGCGAACAACGAACCAGAACGUGCGGCUGCAAUUGAGAAGCUCGAUCUUUCUGUACUUGAGAAUGACGGUGUCAUUGACAAAGAAGAAGGGAGGAAAUCGCUAACCGAAGAGUUCGGUCCUACAUCAACUAAGUUUAGCAGUCCGGUGAACCUUGCAGAGGAGCGAGCUGGGACGUAUGAAGGUGUCGGUGUCGUCGAAGAUCAACAGAGCCUGUCGAAAUCUACCAGUGUAGAAGAAAAAAGCUCAAUCGAAGAUAGAGACGAGCAAAAAGACUCGAAAGAAACUCGUUCGCAAUCCUCCAAAAGCUGCGGUGAUACUAGUGAGGCAUGGCAUGAAAGUUCCAAGCUCUGCCCUGAUAAUGCUGAGUGUGGCAAGAGCGUAAAUGAGAUCUUCUUGAUGGAACCCACCACUGAUGGUCGACCGAGUGUGGACUUGAACCGUAGCGAACUAUGCGACAGUUUGUCCACAUCCAUAAUGCAGUUCAUGACAGAAACGGCUUCACCACGACGUCCAUCCUUGUCAAGGGUAGUUGGACGCUACCAAUUGAGCGAUUCCCUGUUGGAGGAUUCCAUUUCUUCAGUGUCAAUGUCGCCACGUACUAUGCAAGACCGGUUUACCACGAAAAUGCCUGCUUCGUUAUCACCUCGAUCUAAAGUGUUGCUAGAAGAAAACCUAAACAGUUCACUGGUGGAAACAAUCGUGAAAUCAGAAACAGUGAUGGCAGUCACAGAUGAAAAACUGCGUGAAAUCGACGAGCAAGUAGCGUCACUGAAAGUCAAAUCGCCAUCAGUCGAGAAGGUUGGGAUCGCGUCAGCGACGGAUCUUAAUUUAUCACAGAAUGACACAUUUGAAGAUCUGUUAUCAGUGGAAAAGCCCUACUCCCUGUUCGACAAGCUUGGCUCGACUGAUCAGGUCCCUGCAGAUUUUCCCUUGAAGCACGUCGCGGACACUCCUCGAAAGCCUCCACCUCAAGGAAUUUCUCCAGCGACGCCUGAGGCGAUUGAACGACAGCACCAUGCGGAGCUCACGAACAAGUUUGACUCUCCGGAGUGGAUGGAGAAAAUGUGUCGCCUGUACUCAAAGGUUGUGUGGAACUUCCUGGCGUCGGAAGGAUUCGUGCGUCCAAUUUAUGACCACCUUGUGUCUGCUCCAACAUGUAGCGAUGAUGAGCUUGUUGAGACUGAAGAUGAACGGGACCUUUUGGAUAACAAAAAAACUUUAAUCUGGGCAGCUGUAACUGAAUUAGCAGCGAUGCUCUGGCCUGAGCAUCCUGAAAGAGGCGAUGUUGUUAGUUCCAAAUGGCUGCCCAUACCAUCAGACGAGGAGCAGUUCUCCGAAAUGGCCGUUCAGUAUAUCAAUGAUCAGUUUGGUGGGUCAUCACCUGCUGACGACGCCAUCGACGAGUCGGUAGCACGACUUUUCUACGGACGUGGUAUCAAUAACUUUGCACGCGGAGUAGAUGCCGAGUACCGUACGAUGUGCGGAGAGCUGAUCAAUCUAGUCGGUGAUCGAUUUGUUUCGAGAGAAAUACAACAGAUGCAUCAUCGUUUGGAUGACGACGACAACGAGUCACUUCUAACGCCAUCAACAUCUUCGAUAGGCCGGUUAAGCGGUGACUUCGGUCGUCCCUCUUUGGCUCGACUUUCAAUUGGCAGCAACUCGUCCAUAGGACGACGUUCAUCGGCAAACGCCGUCAUUGUUAAGUCGCUUGGCGUUGUGCAUGAAGAGUAG